AUGGGUUGCAUUAACAGUACAGAUCAACAUGCUAAAGCAAGGUCUAGAGCCAUUGAUGAGCAAGUAAGUGUUUUAUUCCUUAAACUUUAUAUAUGGACUUAUGACUUGUAACAUGUUGAAUAUUAGUGUAUAUACUGUUUGCUAAUUUUUUAUUUGAUAAAAAGCUUUUAAUAUGGAAGUAUACUUUUUUUCAUUUGUUAGCUGCGUGCUGAUCACGAAAAAGCGCAACGCGAGGUUAAACUUCUUUUGCUUGGUGCUGGAGAGUCGGGAAAAUCAACCAUAGUAAAACAGAUGAAAAUUAUUCAUGAAACGGGGUACUCGGACGAAGAAAGAAAAGCAUAUCGCCCAGUUGUUUACUCUAACACGAUUCAAUCUUUAAUGGCGAUUCUGAGAGCUAUGACACCGUUAAAAAUUCAGUUUGGACAAGUUCAACGUUCGGAUGAUUGUAGACAAUUCUUCUUAUAUGCGCAAUCAAUGGACGAAGGAGAACUACCUCCAGAAAUGGCAACAAUUAUGAAGCGGUUGUGGGCUGAUGAAGGCGUUCAGUAUUGUUUAGCUAGAAGCAGAGAGUUUCAAUUAAAUGACUCCGCUGCCUAUUAUUUGAAUUCAUUAGACCGAAUUUCACAAUCAGGUUAUAUACCCACCCAAGAUGAUGUGUUACGUACAAGAGUCAAGACUACAGGAAUAGUGGAAACACAUUUUACUUACAAAGACUUGCAUUUCAAGUAAGUGUUUAUUAAUGUUUAAAUAUAUAUUUGUCGUAUAUUGUACUAUCUUCAAUAAAUGGCUUCAGUAAAAUUGUUUAAUAUUUAGUAUAUUCAUAAUUAAAUUUUAAUUAUAGGAUGUUUGACGUAGGUGGUCAGCGCUCUGAGCGCAAAAAAUGGAUUCACUGUUUUGAAGGUGUCACUGCAACAAUAUUUUGUGUAGCUCUAUCUGAGUAUGACAUGGUUUUAGCAGAGGAUGAUGAAAUGGUACGUUGUUAUUUGUUUAAUUUUCAUAUUUUGGUUUUUAGAAUCGAAUGAUUGAAUCGAUGAAGUUGUUUGACAGUAUAUGCAACAAUAAGUGGUUUACAGAAACGUCUAUUAUUUUAUUUUUGAAUAAAAAGGAUUUGUUCGAGGAGAAGAUUAAAAAAUCACCGUUAACAUUAUGUUACCCUGAAUAUCAAGGUGAGGUAUUUUUUAAAAGUUCUUAAUUUAGUAUUUUUUACAAUUUUUUAAAUAUAAUAUUAUUUAAGGUUCUAACACAUAUGAGGAAGCUGCAGCUUACAUUCAACAGCAAUUUGAAUCUUUAAAUAAAAGGAAGGAUGGCCAGAAGGAAAUCUAUGCUCAUUUCACUUGUGCCACGGACACUAACAAUAUUCGAUUUGUUUUUGAUGCUGUUACUGACAUUAUUAUAAAAGAGAAUUUAAGACAGUGUGGACUGUUUUAG